CGGCCAAGCUCAAACCUGUAGGCGUAUUGAUGCGUGCAAAAGCUGUCUGUACAAUCAUGUAUGCGUCCCGGCUGGCUAUGGGCCGCACGGCGGACGCUAGGCGGAUGCGCUUUCGAGGCGGGACGUCACGCGUUUGACCGCGGCCAACUCUCACUGCCUCCAGAGUCCAGGGCCCAGGCUGUGAGGGGUGCAUGUGUCCUCCAGAGCUGCAGCUCUGACCUGAGUUGCUAUGCACUCUCGCUCAUAAACAGCAACAAGAUGUCGGGUGCGGAGAGCCGGAUUCCAGCUAGCAGUGCGAUGGGUGGCGUAAUAUGGGCAGCAACUUAUUAUUUUCAAGCGCGUCGUCAGAUCCGAUUCGGCUAUGUCUUCAGCUGCAGCGAUGAGUGUGAGUGCAAGCGCCAUGUCUGCGGUAAGCAGCAGCAACUUCCUCCUCACAAACCGUCGCACAGCAAAUGCAGCAGUAGGAUGCCGAGUUCACCGCGCUCAAAAAGAGCUCGCGCUUCACUGAUGAGCUGCCGCCAUUCACUUCGCUUAUUUACACGAACAUGCUGAUGGGAUACCACCUACAGAUAACGAGGAGGCAUGUAUGAGCGGUGAGUUCGCCCAGUGCAUGGGUGAUGCGUACGUCCUCCAGACUUGCAGCUCCAGCCUGGACAAGUCUGGCACGUCAAUGACCUGCAUGACUGAAUCAGACAUCGCGAGGAAGACACAUCUCAACCACGAAUGUCACGGACGGCAUCAUGCAUGGACAGCCGCCAAGUGCAUGCCACUGUGAAAGCUUAGCACGUAGUCACGACAUUCACGACAUCUCAACACUCAGUGCAAGGCUUG